UUUCUCACAUCGGAGAUAAGAACGAUAUUUGCUUGCAAGUAUCUCAUUCUUUAAGGGUCUAACUUUGCGCUCAGGUUACCAGACUUGCUUGCGUAUAUCCUAGGAGUCGCGCAUUUGACUGUAUCACUUUUUUUUUUUCCCGUUGACCCCUCAUCUCCCUUGUCGCACGACAAAAACAUACACAUUCGCCAUGUCUGCCGAACAGAAUGUCGCCAACACCGAGGCCGAGAAGGAUGUCCAGAACGUCCUGGCCGAAUUGAAGGGUGAAGCCGAGGCCAACGGCGCCGAGAAGAAGGAGGCCUCCGCCGAAGACACAGAGGAAGCCCGCAUCGUCGCGGCCGCCGCCCAGCUGGGUGAGAAGUCCGCGAAGGCUGAGGAGGACAAGGAGCGCGAGAACCGCGGCCGUGGACCCCGUCGCAACAACGCCAAGUUCGACCCUUCCUCUCAGAAGGAGACCGACGACCCCGUCGAGAUCCGCAAGCAGGUUGAGUUCUACUUCUCCGACUCCAACCUCCCCAUGGACAAGUUCCUGCUCUCCAAGGUCGGUGGUAGCCAGAACCGCGCUGUUCCUUUGGAACUCCUGCACUCUUUCAAGCGCAUGCGUCGCUUCCAGCCUUUCAGCGCGAUUGUUGAGGCGCUGAAGACUUCCGAGGUCCUGGACCUGGUUGACAAUGAGACUGCCGUCCGCCGCAAGACUCCUCUCCCCGAGAACGUUAAAGAGACCCAUGACCCCAAUGUUGUUAAGGUGUUCGAGGAUAAGGCUAUGGACCGCAGUGUCUACGCUAAGGGAUUCGGUGAGGAGGGCCCCACCACCCAGCUGGAGAUUGAGGAGUUCUUCGCCCCCCACGGCCCCGUCAACGCCAUCCGUCUCCGUCGUGCCAACGACAAGACCUUCAAGGGUAGCGUCUUCGUUGAGUUCGAGUCCGAGGAGAAGCAGAAGGCGUUCCUCGCCCUGGCGCCCAAGCCCCAGUGGAAGGGCCAGGAUCUGAUCAUCAAGAGCAAGAGGGAGUACUGUGACGAGAAGGUGCGCGACAUUGAGGCCGGCCGCAUCAAGCCCAGCGGUCACCGCCCCCGCGGCCGUGGUGGUUUCCGGGGCCGUGGCCGUGGCCGCCAGAGCGACAACCGUGACUGGAGGGAGCGUCGCGCCGAGGACCAGAAGCGCGGUUUCAACGGUGACAAGAAGGACGAGCCCAAGGAGCCUCGCGAGAUCCAGAAGGACGCUCGCGGCGUCCCCGUCGUACAGAGCACCGCCGACGCUGGCCAGAAGCGCGCCCGCGAGGACGAAGCCAACGGCGACCACCCGGCCAAGAAGGUCGACGCAAAGGAGUAAUGAUAUGCGACUGAACUGUGUUUUUUUCAAUAGAGACUGUUUCACAUUGAUGGGAUGUAAAGCAUAAGUAUCAUACUGACUUGGCUGGGCUUUUAUUUUUUUUUAUUUUUUUUUUUCUUUCAGUUUUGCUGGCACUUGGAAUUUAAAAA